AUGUCAUUAAAUGAGAGUGAAUCCGAUGACGACAACUGUUGCAUCGAUUUCGGCGGUGAUCGACUGACGGUGGUGGUAGAGGACAUUCGUUUCAAUGAGAAGAAGGCGCUGCUGGUCCAGAGCUGUGACUACUUUGGUGCACUCUAUCGCUCCGGGAUGAGGGAGUGUCGCCAGGAAGAGAUCCACCUCCAUUGCCUGCGCGCUCGCGGUUUUUGCAUCGCCUUAGCUGUUAUGCGAGGUGAGGUGCCUGGUUUAGAUGCCGAAAACAUAGUAGAGGCGAUUGAAUGCGCUGCUUUCCUCCAGGCGGUGCCACUCACCAGGCACCUGGUGGAGCUUGUGGACUCUGACAACUGCUUGCUGAUGUUCCAUACUGCUGCAACUUUUGGUCUCCUGGAGCUAUACUAUGCUGCGGCGCUAUACAUUCGGAAUAUGUACGCAGACAUAGAGGCGGAAGUUAAGCAGAUUUUACCACCAGAGCUCAUCUCUUUUGUGGAAUCGCUGAACCCGAGUGUUUUAAUGGCCGUUGGUGCCCACGUCACCUGCGGAACAGGUGAAAGCGUGCACGCUGCUUCCAGGACUGUCUGCUACCUAGAUGAAACAGCGAACACAUGGAGAACUUUGACUGAUCUCCCCCUGGAGGCCAGCACCUCCAUGGCGGGUGUGACUGUCUUGGACAACAAACUGUACAUUGUCGGAGGUGUCCGUGGUAUCCACAAAGGUGUAGUCGAUGCAUGCUUCUGCUACGAUGUGAACAAGAACAUCUGGACCGAGUUGGCUGGUCCAGCUCAGCUACGGAUCAACCUCAGUCUCAUAGGACAUGAUUCUCACCUCUACGCAAUCGGAGGAGAGUUUGAGGGUACAGUGAUGUCGUCUGUGGAAAUACUGGAGGUCCGGACUGGCAGGUGGAAAUUCGCAGCCCAACUGCCACAGCCAGCGGCGGGCGUGGCGUGCGCAAAAGCGACUGGAAGGAUUUUUGUGUGCUUGUGGAAGCCCUUGGAAACCACCGAGAUCCACGAAUAUAUCCCAAGUAAGGACCAGUGGCGUCUGAUUACCAGCCUUAUUCGACGCCAGAGCUAUGGCCACAGUAUGGUGGGUCACAGGGACGAUCUGUAUGUGAUGCGCAAUGGACCGUCUGAUGACUUUCUGCGGUGCAUGAUGGACUGUUACAACUUGAGCACAGGCCAGUGGACCUCUCUUCCGGGACACUUUAACAACAGCAAGGGCUCGCUCUUCACGGCGGUAGUCCGAAGCGACUCAGUCUUCACGCUCAACAGGAGUGUCACACUAGAAUAUGUCAUCCAUGCCAAAACAUGGAAACCCCGACGCCAGAUGAAAGGCUUCCCCCGGAGUGGAUCAGUGUGGACAUUCUUACUCAGACUACCUGUACAUAAUGCAGAAAAGACUUUCAGUGUGACUUCCUGA